AUGUCGAAACGUUUCGAUCCAGCAGAACAUCUCUCCAAGCAGGGAUGGAAGGGAAAAGGGACCGCCCUCAAGACGGGCCACCUCACCCGCCCCCUUGCCGUCGUACAGAAGAAGACGCUCUCCGGCGUGGGCAAAGACCGAGACGAAGCCGUACCGUUUUGGGACCAGAUCUUUGCCGCAACAGCCGCCUCCCUCUCUCUCCCUUCUACCCCACUCUCCACCUCUCCUGCUCCCUCGUCGCCAAACUGUACCGCCAUCACACCCAAACUCGCCGAUCCCCGAACCAACAAAUCCGGAUCAUGGCAGACGUCCGGUACCUCCUCCUCUGCCCCUCGCGGCCAAGGAGGUCUGAGCGUCGGCGUGCGCGUUAGCAGGGAUAUGGCCCGGCGGGGGCUGUACAGCAAAUUCUUCAGAGGCGCUGUCGUACAGGAGGAAGAGCUGGAGGAGAGUGCGGCGAAGGUGGAAGUGGAUGGUCAGGAGCAGGCGGAAGCGGGGCCGAGUCGAUUACCCUCCACACCGAUAGAGAACAGUGUGCAGGGGGACGGAAAAGACGAGGGAGAUGGGGACGUCAGGGAAACCAAAGAGGAGCGAAGGGCUAGGCGAGCGGAGAAAGCGAAACGGAAGGAGGAAAAGGCGGAGAGGAGAGCUGCACGGGCUGCAGCUGGACCGAAUGAUGAGGAAGACUCGGCAGAGCAGUGCGAAGCUCUCGCUACGGCGAACACGACGGAGGAGGUGGCGUUGGUGCCGACGACUGCGGUGCCAGAUACACAAAGGGGUAUGAGCGAGGCGGAGGAGGCGCGAGAGGCGAAGAAGCGGAAGUGGAAGGAAAAGAGGAAGGAGCCGGGGUACGUUCCGAAGCUGCCGAAAAGGCAGAGACAGUCGAGCAAGAAGGCCGACGGCAGGGAGCGGUGA